CUGUGGCCAUCAUCCCACAUCAUCCAUCAAACCUCGAAAAGUCAGUGUAAUUUUAUGUAAUCUUCAGAAUUAGUUUCAAAGGAUAACAGCUAUAUAAAAUGAAUUCUUCAGUCAGAUUAUUGCAAUCUAAAACGCUACUUCAAUCUUAUAAAUAUGUGACACCGUGUUUAAGUCGCAACGUUUCAAACAAAGUAGAAGAUAUCUGCACCCACACAGGCCAAAAAUGGGAUUCAAAUGAUUAUAGAAUGGUUAGAUUCAUGAACGCUCCUAAACAAGUUAAUCAGAAUUGGGCAAUUAACUUAAUAGCCGAAGUUCCUCCAAAAGAAGUGACAGGUAGAAUUGUUUGGUGUGAUGGUGGCAGUGGACCAGAAGGACAUCCAAGAGUAUACAUCAACUUGGAUAAACCUGGUGACCACUCCUGCGGAUAUUGUGGACUUCGUUUUGUUAAAAAAGAGUGUCAUUAGAACUACUCGAUCUCGAUAUCGAUGUUACUGUAGUGUAGAUAAAUAAAAAAGAAAUAUGUAAUUUAAAAAUAAUGUUUUCUGAAUGUAGUAAUGUGAUGGCAUUCAAUAUAUUAUGUUUUUAAUUGGUUACUAAUAAAAAUAGUAGUUUUGAAUUCUCA